AUGCCUCGAGUUGCCAAACCCCAAAAACCAAGGCACGACCCCCUGCACGUCGAGCUCGAGGCGGACGACUCGCUUCGGCGCUUUGGGCGAGUGAGCAAGUCGGCUCGGCAGAAGCGAGCAACAGAUGAAGGCGAGGAGGGGGUAGGAGCACAGUCGGAAGAUGCGCGAACGAGCAGGCGGAUCUUGGACCUGGCGAGGGAACAGCAGGACGAGAUUGCGCGGGAGAUAGGGAAGGAGGACGACUGGGAGGAUGAGGAUGCAGGAGAGCCGUCAUUCCGGCAGAGAGAUGCGCCGAGGAUGUCAGACGACGAGGAAGAGUUUGAAGAUGGGAGCAUGUCGGGUGGAGAGGAGUAUGCGGAGCUGGACAUCGACCCGGCGGACCACGCUACGAUGGAUGCGUUGGGGGGCCAGACGGAGGCGGGCGAUAUGGGCGGGCGGACACUGGCAGAUCUGAUUUUUAGCAAGAUGGAGGGUGGGGCAGUGACGCAGGGGCAGGACGAUGAUGAGGCUGAUGACGGACCACCUGAUCCGAGGAAAGGUCUGAACCCUAAAGUCGUUGAGGUGUACACCAAAGUCGGCUACCUUCUCUCCCGAUACAAAUCCGGUCCCCUCCCCAAAGCCCUCAAAAUCCUCCCUUCCCUCCCGCACUGGGCCCAGCUCCUCGCGCUGACCGAACCCGCCAAAUGGACCCCACACGGCACCUUUGCAUGUACCAAGAUCUUCGUGUCCAACCUCAAGCCCAGCGAGGCGCGGGUGUUCCUCGAGGGUGUAUUGCUCGAUAAGGUCCGGGAGGAUAUGCGGAUGAACAAUGGGAAGUUGAAUGUGCAUCUGUAUGAGGCGUUGAAGAAGGGUCUGUACAAGCCGGCGGCGUUCUUCAAGGGGGUGCUGUUCCCUUUGUGUGAGACUGCUUGUUCGUUGAAGGAGGCAGCGAUUGUGGCCUCGGUGCUCUCGAAGGUGUCUGUACCCGUCCUGCACUCGGCUGCUGCCCUGCUCCGUCUCGCUCAGAUGGACUAUACCGGUCCCAACUCCCUCUUCAUCCGUAUCCUCCUCGACAAGAAAUACGCCCUUCCCUACAAAGUGGUCGACGCGCUCGUCUUCCACUUUAUCCGGCUCGCCAACUCGCCAAGGAGUAAAUCAGGGGACGACAAGCUGCCUGUAUUGUGGCACCAGAGUCUGCUUGUGUUUGUGCAGCGAUAUGGCUCCGACUUGACGCCGGACCAGAAGGACGCACUGCUUGAUGUGAUCAGGGUACGGCCUCACCCGCCUAUCAGUGCCGAGAUCAGAAGGGAGAUUGUCAGCUCGGUAGAGAGGGGCCAGAUACGGCCGGAUGAUGAGGGGGAUGUGGUGAUGAAGUGA